AUGUCAUGUCUAUUGUCUCAGUGUCUCACGUGCGUUGUUUACUUUUAAAAAACUGAAUUUUAAGCAAUUUUAUUUCUCAGAACAGUCAACAGUCGUUUUAUGGAAGAUAUAAUAUUGUACCGGCUUUUGUAUACACUUCAUACUUCAUAGUAAGACAGGUCAACAUUUUCUUUCGACAUUGUUUUACUAUUAAUUAUGUACCUCCAUAAAAUAACAAGAAAUGAAAACAGAGCUGUGAAGUCAGUCUAAAUAUUUUUCUCAGUCAUUCCACUUAAUUAUAUUUAAAUCUGAUGAAAAAGGAAAAUAUUUUAAAAUGAAUAAGUUUAAAAAUAAUAUGACAAAUAAUAUAGCAGCAAAAAAUGAUAGUAAUAUUGUUACCUCAGUUGGAAAUUCAUGGAUUAUCUGUAGAUCGAAAUCUUAUCCAGGACGUGUUUAUUAUUUUAACACCGUCACCGGUGAGGCAGCAUGGAAUUUGAGUGAUGCAGAGGCUGAACGGGCUAAGAAAACUACAUUAGAAAGUAGUCAUAAGUUGAAGCUUACUGAAUUUCCAGAACCUGAAGAAUCACCUCUAGAUUAUGUUUGCAAUAAUAAUAAUCAAUCUAUGAUGCAAAAUAUAGUUCCACCAAAAAUUUAUAACCAACAAAUAAUAAAUAACAAGUUCCCAAGGCUUCCUAUGCCGAGUACUAGUUAUAAUCAGUUUACAUCAUUUAACACAUUAAAUCCUGUGGGGUAUGCUUACACUCCAGUUGUGAAUGUCCCAGCCAAUUCAUUUAUAAUAGCACCACAACCCAGUAUAGAAACUAAUAUUAAUCCAAUGCAAACAAAUCAAGCAUUUAAUUCAUCUGCCUCAUUAUCAAAAUCUUAUCCGAAUUUCCAUAAUAAAAAUUUUUCAAGACCAUCAUUCAAUCCUAAAACAUUUAAUAAGAGAAACAUUUUUCAAAAUAAAAAUUCUCUCAAUACAUCAAACAGUUCUGUUGAUCUGCGUCAAAAAUUAUUGACUAUGAGGAAGAGAAACCAAAGCUCCACCAAUACAGCACCAACAUAUCAAUUAUGUAGUAAUAAAGAGGUAAUAGAAGAUAAUGAAGUAAGUUUCAUAGAUCCCGUUAGUUCUGAUGCUUUUCCUGAAGUGAGAAAUGAAACUGAUAUGCAAGUAAUAAAAAACUUUUUUGGAAUUAACUCAGACUCAGAGUAUUGGUUAAUUGUUGCUGAUGAAGAUGUAUUGCUCAAUCACACUAACUUUAUGAUUAAAAUUAUGCAGUUAGAUGAAAAAUGUCGCCUAGUAAUCCCGCAAGUUGUGAUACUGAAAAUACAAGGGUUGACUACUUCUAUUCAUAACAAGGCUUCACUUCAAGCUGCAUCCUUUAUAUCUGAGGCGCUAGAAUCAAACAUUGCUAUAAUUGAUGAAGAAAAUUAUGAAAUAGACGAUUACUACGAAAGUAUUUUUAGUUGUUGUGUGAAAUUGGUUAGUCAAAACUUUGAUGUGGUUUUCAUUUCUGAAAAGGAAAUGUCUCCCAAUGAUUAUGGCUUUGUAAUGUUUACCAUGAAAGAUAUCAAAGCUUUCCUUAUGGAUAGAAAAAUUAAUGAAGACGGAAAAAUAAUAAUAACAAUACCAAAUGACAGUGGGCAUGAAAUUUUUUCAAAUAGCACUGAUAGAAAUAAAUCAGUUGAAGUUGUAACUGAAGAAGAAAAUUUUAAGGAUUCUAAAAUAGUAAAAUUUCUACUACCUACUGAAGAUAAGGGUGUCCAAACCGACAAUAAAUCACAUAAAACAGAUGUUGCCAUUCAAACUGAUUUCAAUACUUCUAAGAAUUUAUUUAACGACGAUAAAAGUACCAAAGGGCUAACAAAUAAGCCGGAGAGAAAACAUAGACUUAUCAGAAGAAACCUAGGCUCUAAUGUAACAAACAAUUUGCCUAAUUCAGCUACUAAUACUAAGGACAAAAAAGUAUUUGUUGAGCAAGGUACCAGCACUAAAGAACAUGACAAUGUUAUUCUAUUUAAAAUAUCAAAUAAGGCAAUGGAGGAUUAUCUUAAAAUGAAGUCAGAUGAAUGGGUAUCCCGGUUUGUUCAAAUAAUGGAAGAAGCGUUGACACAAGUUUUGCAUCAAGAUACUACUUUUGUUCUAGACAUGCCACCUCCGUGGACGAUAUAUGAAGCUUCGGAAUGUAUCAAACGAAAAUUCUCCAAUGAGUGUGAUGUAUUUGAUGCGUCAUCGAAACUUUCGAACAUAUUGUUUGAAAUGGGUGGUUUGAGAGGUAAAAUUAAUAUUAAUAUAGAUCCUGAAAUGUAUAUGAAAAUGUUUAGCUAUGGAUAUUAUUUGAUUGAUGCUCUACAGAGUUUAAUACGUAACAAUGAAGAUCUACAGAUAGCAGGAACAUCGUUAAUAAAGCUGUUAAGUGAUAUACAAAAUCCUCACUUGGAUCCCAGCAACAGCGAUUCAUUUACAGAUCUUGAGAGCUCUCGUCACCAUGACUCUAUUAUACAUGGUAACCAAGCCGUUCGUGACGAGCAAGGAAGAGCUAAUCCUCCAAACACUGAAUUUGUGUCGAAUUACGAUACACCUUCAAAAUCCACGGGUCUGAAACUUACCGAUACAAAAAUUUUAAGAAAAGAAUCUGGCUUAAUUCAUUUACAAGCCCAGGAAAUAACAAAAAACAUUUCACCAGAAAAACAGAGAAUAGUGCAAAAAUCACCAAAAGUUAACAAAGAAGAAAAGCAAAUUACAGUUGAAUCGCCGCAAAAAGGAAAAUACCACUUAAGAAACAAAAAAUCCAAAGCGGUCACGAAUGAAGUCGUAGCUGACCUUAAUGUGUGCCCAAAAGAAUCAUUUAUGACAAAUUUACAUUUAACAAAUAGAAGCAAUCAUGAGAAUGACGAUACAAUAGAUCCGAUAGAUACGAUAAAUCCCACAAAUGGACAUACUUUUGAUGACAAACAAAUAGGAGGAGUAAAAGUCAUGAGAAAUUUCUCAGUAUGUCCCGAAUUUGAGAAAAGAUUCCAACAUAAUUCAACUACAUUUUCAAAAAUGUAUGAUGAGCAAAAAUUGGAUUAUGAUGAAUCGGUUGCUUCUGAGCCUGAUGAUACUCACGAGGCUGACAAAGUUGAUUCUCAGUCGUUAUCUCCAGAUGACGAAUGUAACUAUAAGCUAUCUGAAAGCUUUAGACAUUUUUUGGAUGAAGUUGGAACCAAAGUGAAAGAAAGUUUUUUGAAAGUUUAUUCAUUCUGUGAAAAUUCAAGAAAUAAACUCUUAUCACCUGUGGACACUUACCAAAAAGUUGAAAUCCGAACUAAAGCUGAGAAGAUGGCUUCGUUCGUGAAGAAAAUGUGCUCAUCACUUAACAGGAUAUUGGAGAGAGAAACAAAUGAUACCCAGGAAGGUACUCGUGAAAUGUUAAUAAAAUUGGGAUUUGAUAGCAAAGACAUAGAUGAGAAAGAAUUAGAGUAUUAUCGGAAUUUCAUCGAUAGAUGCGUAGUACAAGGAAAUAUUCUGCAGCAAUCGUUGAUCCUUUUAAUCGAAGCAUCACAGGAGAACGUAUGAUCAUUAAAAAAAAAUACAUGACAUUAUGUAAUUGUUUUUGAUAAGCAAAGUUGAUUUAUAGAAAGUUAUAAUUGUUUAUAGAAAUAAGUUUUUUAUUUAGUUAGAUUUUUUUGUUAUAAUUAAGUGCAGAUAAUGCAUUAAGGUUAAUUAAUGUCAAUACGUGACAAAUUAUACACGUAAGAUUUAGUUUUCGACACAAAUUUCAGAAAGGUUCUGUAUUUUUUAAUGACCUUUCACCAUGUUCA